AUGGAUUUUUAUCGACGUUUUCUUGCUUUACCUUUAACUGAACGACGUCAUUCAAUUGGACCAGCAUUAAGUGGAAAACGUGUUAAUCCCCCACCGCCGGUCAUUUCGAUCACACGAUCGUCAUCAUCGUCGGAAUUUUUAGCUGCUACAAUUCGACCAUUUCUUAUCGAACGAGAUAAGAAAAUCGCAUCAAAAACAUUUCCAAAAUCUCGUACCUCUGUUUCCUCAUCAACAACCCGUUCCUUUCCAUUUCGAUGUUGUGGUGCGAGAAAACAUUCAUCUCAAAUACCAUCUGUCGAACAAACUCCUACGGAUGUUCAUGUAUAUCGAAAAAGUUCGACACCGAGUAUUCCAUUACAGUCCCCUUCAUCUACCCUGAUUCAAAAUCAUCAAAAGACAAAGACAAAUACGACAGUAACAUCAAUAACAACAUCAGUAGCAGCAGCAGCACCGAUAACAAAAUCAAUAAGCCCGACGAAAAAAGAUCGUCGACGUGGUGGAAUGGCAUCGACUUGUACGUCAUGCGUUUCAUCAAAUCAUAGUCGACGACGAAGUUCACAACUUGAUGAUGUUACUCCAAUCCCUGCUCAUUCUUCCCCAAAUCCUUCGUCUCAAACGCCACCUUUGCUCAUUCGUCUUGGACAAAUUAUAUUAAGACGACGAAUAGCUACGAAUACUAAUCAUAACAGGAAUAUUAUAGCCAAUAACAAAACCAGGUAA